GACAGACCGUGUCGCAAGCGCAUUGGAGACGCACUCGUCUCCGUGUAUUCUUAAAAAAAACUUGUUUAUGUUUAUUAAUAUUUAAUACGAAAUAACGUACGCUGUAUCGGUUUGAUGAUGCUUUGUUACAUAAUUGUGCUGUUUUACACAAUAACGUUAUCCCAUGAAUAAUGUGAAAUUUGUGAAAGUUCUACAAAUAAUUAUUGAGAUGUGGUCCUUUGUGAACACUUAGACAGCAUUCAUGAAUUUAAGCAUUAAGGUAAUGCAAGCAGAUAUACGACUGUGUUUACUGGUCGCAACACUGGCACUCGGUGUCGUGUCGGGAUCGGGACCGUGCGAGCGCGGGCGUAGCUGGUGGCACCGGCAGAGCGGCACCUGCCUCCCUUGCACCCGCUGCGACCCCACGCGCCUCGCCGUCAAGUACCCCUGCGAACUGCACAGGGACACAGUUUGCCAGUCCCUCUACGAUGUACGAAUAUUUCCAUUUAACACUCGCCCUCGUAAAAACAAUGGAACGAACGCGAGUGAACAGUCCAGUGAUUACGAAUAUUACGAAUACGCGGACUACAGCGGUGAAGUGACGGAUAAUAGUGAUGGUGAAUUAGAAUGGGAUGUACAAACGUCAACUUUCACACUGGCUGUGAGUGGCUGUGUGGUGUUCUUUGCAGUAGUGUUAAUAUUGUCGUUGUAUCACGCAAGGCAGUGGAAGGUUCUGAAGCAGGCGCUCAAGUCGGACGUACAAGACUUGUCAGCCAAGCUGAAAUUAAUGGAGGCGGGCGGCGCAAGUCCGGACGAGCCGGUAAUGGCCACCGAUCAUCACAUCUACUGUAACAUACAUGUAGGAAAAGACGCCCUGCUAGGUGGGACGUCGACUAAAAAAGGAUUGGGCAACGUCUACACGCAGGAGAAGCUCUCACCCUAACCAAAACCACCGAACAUUCAACAGUACAAAUAGCAAGAAAAAACCUCGCACGUGAAACGAUUCGAUUUAAGAGAUUUAUUUUCUGAUAAAAAAUAUACAAAUCUACGAAACUUAUAUACUGCAUUUUAUUUUAUUUGAAAUAUAAAGUAACCCUAAAAACUUAUUCACUAGUAUUUUAAGAUCGAUUUAAUUUACUAAGUACAUUAAUUUUCGUAUUCAUCCGCUUGCCGCCUACACUCAGACCAACCGACAGAAAUGACGCAGAUGCUCUCCAAAUAGAUUUUACCGUGGUUAGUCUAGCGCAUAUCUUCCUUGCCCCCUACAGGGAUUAAAUAAACAGCUAUAACACCUUUGCAAUAAAGAUUAUAUUUGACUAACAGUAAUCACGCCACAUUCAAACGGAAACUAUAUAUCAAAGUAGUGCGCACACACACCUGGCCACUUUCACACCGCGAGAGAAAGGAUAUGUGGAACAUUGAAAAAAUUUAAUUAGGAAAAACACAAUUUUUUAUAUAUUUUUUAUUUACCAAAAAAGGUACUCGUACUUACCUCCAUUAGCAAAAUUGGAGCAAAAUAUCGAUUAUAUUAAAUUACAUUAAAACUAAUUAUCAACAUUAAAAACAUACCUUAAAUCUCAAAAAUAAUAAUUUACUAACAAACAUGAAGUGCUGAGAAUUGGUAUUACGAAAAUAACAUCACUAAGUUUGGUUCACAAUGAAAAUUAGUCCUCACAUACAAAUAUAAUAAAAACAUGUUUCAGUAUAACAUAAAUACAUCAUAAAACACGGCUGAAUACAGAGUAACCAAAACCAUUAUGGCGCUAAUGAUAUUUACUCGUUCAUUUAAUUUAUGAUCCCCACGUAAUGUGUAAAUUAUUUCAACAUAUUACUUAGGUUUAUAUCUUGGUCCUCGAAACAAUAUAAAAACGUUAUCUAUUAUUGAUAAGAAUAUAUGACUUAGUCCGCGGAAGAUUUAUUGAAAGCCUUUAAAUCGGUGAAAUGAUAGAUAAUUUCACAUAGAUUAAAUGAACACAAUUAUGGUAUUUAAAUUACAGCUAUACAAAUCUUAGCAAGUUGCAUUUAUCGUCAAUACCGUAAGCAUAUAAGUAAUAAUAAACAAACGCUAUAAGGGACUGAGUAAAAACUGUACAACAUAAAAUUAAAUUUAAUCGAGAAAUGUUGAAUGCUCACAGUAGUUUGACUUUACAGUCAUUAACUUAAAUUUACUUAUAAAUUACAUACAAGAAAUUAUCAUUUCAUUUCCAUUGGAAAUUGUUAAAUUCUAAAACUAGCAUAACAACUCGCAGAAAACUUAUAAUUCUCAAAGUAAUUAUUGUCUGAUAUCAAAAUCGAAGCACAUAUUAUAAAUACGAGGUAUCUUUUGUGUUAAUUUGUAUUAAGCAUGCAAUUCCACCGUUGCUGUCACAUUCCUUGUGUAAUACUCGUGUUUGAAUCACCGCAUUUCUCUUAAAACAUUUCUUUAUGACUGGGUGUAUAUUUUUUGAUUAACCAUGUAAAACCAUAGACAACAAUUUUUCAUCAUACAUACUUCUUCAUGUCGUACAAACAUUUCAUAUUAUUUCACAUGAAAUUUAUCAUACAUAAAAUGCAUGGUCGCAUCUCCAACUUAAACAAAACAUUAUCUUAAUUGUCAACAGAUCUUAUGUGAUUUAUUGAAACUUUUCAAUAUUGUCUUCUUAAAUUUUGGUUAUAAAAACAGCAUCCUAGCUAUUUCCUGUAAUUGCAACUUGAACACAAUCAUUAGCGAUGUUAUCAUUGAGUAACAGAGGCAUUAACAGAAUAAAAAGUUUGAAUGUGUCAAAAAUAUACAUACAUUUUUUGAAUUUUAGUGUUUUAUGAACCUACUUCAACAAGCAAGGCGGGUUCUAAACUCAGCUUUCUGUAUUUUAUGUAUGUUUGGACAAAACCGGAAGACAUUAGAUGAUAGCCCACGUUUGAAAGACUAUAUUCUAUAAGUGAGAAACUUGAUUGUCAGAAUAAGGACUUCAAAACGAAACUCCCUAAGCAAAAAGAGCAUGUAAAGUAUGCCAUUCAAUGCAAAAAAUAAUAAUUUAAUGCUUGAAGAAUAUAUCCAAAAGCAAUCGGGUUUUUAACCUAUUUUUUUGCCUAUUUAUUAUAAUCUUUACUUGAGUGUUCGUUGUCACAUUUUACUAUCACAGAAGCUAAAUUCAGAUUCACAAUAGGCAAUGUUUGAUCGGUUUUAUUUCAAACAUCGACUUAUUUACAUAGCUAAUUGUCUAGUAACAAUUGUGAAAAGUGGCAAAAACCGAAAAGAAAAAAGUAUGGCCUUUUGACAGAUUUAACUAAAACAGGAUUUACCAUUGGUAUACUAGCUGUUGCGAUUAGAAUCGGCGGGGGGUCGUGCGCUGUUUGCUGGUGCAGGCUGCUGGUACUUGGGCACAGGGAAUAGGGGCCGAGCCUCGAUUGUUGACACACCAUCGAAUCUGGAAUGAAAACAUAAUUAAAAACAUUACACUUGAACAAAUAGAGGCCUAUAACUAAGGUAAGUGCGUGUGACUAUACACUGUCGAAGCGAGUAACCACUCCUAUAUGAACCAGUUGUGGUUCAGAAGAGCUGUUAAUUAUCAUUUGUCGUAAAUAAAUAUAAGAUUUGAAAUUUAAUAAUACAUAGCCUAAAAAUCUCUUAAAAUAUAACAACAAAAGUCUAAAAGAAGCAUAAUUUUAUGACGGCGUUAUUGUAAAUUAUUUGAUUAUAAUGACGGAAAAGACAGACGCCAACAACAAACGCUUGCUGUACGAAAGACGAAGCAAAUUAGUAGUUAAAACAGUUUAGUUCAAAUGCGUGGACACCUGCAGAGGGUCUUAUUAAUGAUGAUAAUCCUAUACUUACUUGUUGCUCUUAUAUUUGUCAGGUAUAGCCUGGUAAGGUUGUUGUGGAGCAUGCGAGUGUGUGCGUGCUUGUUCUCGGAGGCACGGCUCCAAAUCUGUGAGUGAGUAGCCCGAGCAAUGGGCCAGCGCUGGAGGCCAAGCAGUAAGGCUGCAUUUGGUAAGAAGCCGCGACUCUGUGUUCUUCUCGCCCGAACAUUCACAGAGUAAGCAGUGACGGGCCGUGGCUAGUGCGCUAGCGGCUAUGAUUGAAGGUUUGUACUGAAGAUACGGGUCCGCUUCCAAAAGGCACAGUUCAGCGAUAUACUGCAAAUAUGUGUAAUCAGAGGUAAAUUAAAACGGACAAUAUGAGUUAGGAAAACAAUAAAGUACAAGUUUAAAGUGUAAAAUAAUGUCUCCUGCCAAUCGAAAUUUAUACAACGUAACUCAAAAUAUUGUCAAGUUUUAUGGUGGGUCUGCGUUAAUAUCCGUCAAUAUAUCGCGCGAUUUAGGAUUUCUCUUUUUGCGUCGCAGAAAAAUUAUUUGUUGCAUGUAUUCUUACAGAAAUAUUUAGAAUUAGAUAGAUUUCGAAUAUAUUAUUGAUUAAGGAAUAAGAUCUUUUUUUAAAUUAUAAUCAUUCAUUUAUCUGUUAGUGAGUAGGUAACUUCUACAUGACUUGACCGAGUGAGGGUAUUCACAUAAUAUAUUUGUUUAGUUAAGACAUCGGUUCAUGGCAAAGUGCAAAAAAAAUGUUGGUGCUGUAGUCAAAUUCUAUACUGACGUACCAAAAUUACUCAUAUUAACAAUAAAAUAUGUUGGUUUAGUGACAAAAAAGAAAUUCAAAAAAAUCGGAACCCAAAAGGUUAACCCUGUUAUGGUCGAGUCAUUAUUAUUAAGAUACUAGCUGUGCCCCGCGGUUUCACCCGCGUCAUCACGUGUCCGAGGUGCGCGACAUGACCUAGUUCGCGCGCCCAGUCAAGUAUUGAAUUAUAUUAAUUUUACAUUAUCUCUUAAACUAUGCGUCCAAAUAACAUGGUAUAAAGAACAAAGUUUAUCUUCAUAAAAUUGUCUUGAUAAUGAAGUAACUUUCGUUCGUAAGGAUAAAUAGGCCAUGCCUAAUAAUAACGCUCAUAAAUCACUUUUAAAUUUUCAAUAUUUUUUUGUCACAAAAUACCAAAUUAUGGCUUAUGUAUAAGAAAUAGACAUAUAGUAUCGCGGACUUUUUGUUAGACGGGGGUAAAGGUCUAUAUUUUUCAAGAACAUUGUCUUUACGUAUCCCUAACGAUAACACCAGCGUACGCGGAUAAAUCAUUUCGGGAGUGCUUUUUCUCCUGACUUGCUUAACAAAUAUCCAUAUUUAAGGCUAGCUGAAUAUAUCUUAAUGCUAGAUAGCCUAUACUAUUCCACAUGAAUCUGGAUAUAAUAUACAAAAAUAAUUUUUCAAAUCGGACUGGUAGUUCCAGAGAUUAGCGCGUUU